GGAAUGGUAUGAUUUAUUUGAGAGAGAUUCAUCCAACUAACUGCAUGUGCAAAUCGCAUCAAAAUAGAUAGAUUAGCUGCCAAAUAUCAAAAAAUUGCCUGAUCUUUAUAAAAUGCCACCUUUUAUAUUUACAAAAAUAAAAUAUUUGAAUUGUAGAGUAUGGUAUGGGUGGCAAUGUUUCUACGGCGGGUGACGUGUACAGCUUUGGAAUUCUUUUAUUGGAGAUGUUCACGGGAAAAAGACCCACGGAAGACACGUUUAAGGACGGUUUAAACCUUCAUGAAUUUGUCAAGAUGGCUUUGCCAGAUCAAGUUCUGGAGAUAGCGGAUCUGCGACUCUUAGAUGAACAAAAAGAAGAACAAGAGCAAGAUCAAGAAAUAGAGGAAGAAAUAGCAUUCAGUCAUAUCAGAAGUCCGGAAGUUGAAAGAGGUAGUGUCUUCCGGUGCUUGGUUUCUUUGCUUGGUAUUGGAGUUGCAUGUUCUGUUGAAUCCCCCAGAGAACGGAUGCUGAUGAAAGAUGUAGUAAAUAAAAUGCAUGUGAUGAGAGACAUGUUUCUUGGGGCUGGGAUCUAUAGGGAAGGAAGAAACAAGACCCUUCGCUGAUGUUGGCCCAUUCAUCUUACAUCAACGUGGCUGUCAUCAGCUCAUGUCCACUGGCAAUUUGCAUAUAUCAAUAAAAUUGGAUGGCUGAAAACCACUUGUCGAGCAUGUAAUUGUUACUGAUGUGGACAUUACAAUUGGGGACUUUCAUGGUAAUUGUCUUGGCCCAGGGUCAUGUCUGGGAGCAAUCUAUGUACAAGUAUUAUGGAAUUUUCCGCUUCUCUUUUUCUUCUU